AUGGCUUCCCUUGCAGGUUUCCUCCUGGACAUAAUACCCUACCGUCUCCCGGUUCAUCUUUAUUCUUAUGUUGAAGGAACCACCCCCCUUUCAACCACCAAAACGGUUACUACGACCCUAAUUUCAUACCUCGUCAUCAUUUUCGGCAUUCAGGCCCUCAUGAAGGACAAGAAACCUCUCAAGCUCACGACCCUUUUCCAAAUUCAUAAUGUUCUCCUCAGCUCCGGAAGUCUUCUUUUACUUGUUUUGAUGCUUGAGGAAAUCGUACCCAACAUCUGGAAUAAUGGCAUUCAUCACGCUCUUUGCGCCUCGGAAUCUUGGACACCCAGAAUGGAAUUCUACUAUAUGAUUAAUUAUUACUUCAAGUACAUUGAAUUACUUGACACCGUAUUCCUCGCGCUCAAGAAGAAACCCUUGCAAUUCCUUCAUGUGUUCCAUCACUCUGCGACCGCGCUGCUCUGCUUCACGCAGCUUAACGGAAGGACCAGCAUCUCCUGGUCCGUGAUCACUCUCAAUCUGGCCGUUCACGUCAUUAUGUACUACUACUACUACGCCACGGCCGGGGGAGCUAAAUUCUGGUGGAAAAAAUAUCUCACUAGCAUGCAAAUCACCCAAUUCGUCAUUGACAUCUUGGUUGUAUAUUUCGGAACUUACGAGCGCAUGGCCUUCAAGUACUACCCAAGCCUUCCAUAUAUCGGUAACUGCGCUGGCUCUGAACAAGCUGCCCUUUUCGGUUGCUUCCUCCUCACUAGCUACCUUUUCCUGUUUAUCGACUUCUACUUCCGAACAUACAAGAAGCCUGCUUCCAAGCCCGCUUCUAAUGGAUCGGCAAAUGGACACGCAAACGGAAAGGCCAACGGUGCUGCUAAUGGAAUUGCCAACGGGACCUCGUGA